AUCCAAACCGUCGUUGCGUCAGCCCUCUGUGACGUGAUCGAGCUGCCGUGGAUUUCCAGUUCAUUUUCAUGCGUCUUGUUUCAUAUUCUGUGGUGAGGACGCUGCUCAUGGAGAUUUUGUGAGACGGGUUUGGGGUUUUAGGCCGUGCAGCGAAGCAGCAGGGUCUCCCGAGAUGGGAGAGAUGGUUGGUGUCGUAGCAGGCUCGCCGUGCAGCCUGCAAGCGCUGUCUCGAGGGGUAUCCAAUAGGGGUCCAAGUGUUGUGCGGAACGCUGUUGUGGGCUGUAGGAGUUGGAGGAGGGUUGGUAGAAUCGGGGACACUAACAUACGCCUUCGCAAUAACUCCAAUUUAGGUGGGUCGCUGCGAAGGUUGGAGUCAUUGAAAUUAGGUGCCGUGAUAGUGGCGGAGAGGGAUUCAUACACGAGACGUGUUCGUGAGUGUUCUGCGUCGUUGAGAGAUGGGGAGGAGGUCUUGACAGGGGAAUCUUCGACCCCCUCUGAGCCGGGUAUAUGGAUGUCGGAUGUUGUGGUGAAGAAAAGGCCGAAUUACUUCAAGGAUCGCUCAUGGACUUCGAAGGACCUCACUUACGCGGGUUAUAUGGCAUUUAUGCACGGGUUGUGUUUGUUGGCUCCAGCCACCUUUUCUUGGGAUGCUUUGGGUGUCUCUCUCGGUUUGUAUGUUAUUACGGGCUUGUUCGGGAUCACGCUCUCCUUCCAUCGCAAUCUGUCACACAAAAGCUUCAAGCUCCCCAAGUGGUUGGAGUACUCUUUCGCGUAUUGUGGAGUCCAAGCGGUCCAGGGUGAUCCAUUGGAGUGGGUAAGCUCACAUCGGUAUCACCACCAGCAUUGUGACACAGAGAAAGAUCCACAUUCUCCUUAUGAAGGUUUCUGGCACAGUCACAUGGGAUGGUUACUGGAUGACAGAAGAACUCAAGAAAGAGUCGGGGCUCGGAAUAACGUUGGUGACAUGGACAAAGAUCCUUUUUAUCAGUUUAUUCAGCGGACAUAUCCAAUUCAUCCCAUCAUGAUGGCGGUGGCGCUGUAUGUCAUGGGUGGAUUUCCUUACCUAAUUUGGGGCAUGGCUUUAAGAGUUGUGUGGGUCUAUCACAUUACGUGGUUUGUGAACUCAGCAUCUCAUGUUUGGGGCUCACAAAAGUGGAAUACGGGUGAUUUAUCAAGGAAUAACUGGUGGGUGGCACUUCUUGCAUUUGGAGAAGGUUGGCACAAUAACCAUCAUGCUUUUGAAUAUUCAGCGAGGCAUGGACUUGAAUGGUGGCAGCUAGACCCAACAUGGUGGAUCAUUUGUGCUCUUGAAGCUGUUGGAGUAGCUACAAAGGUAAAGCUCCCGAAGAAAGAGCACAUGGAGAAGUUAGCACUUUAGAUAAUUUUAACUGUUGGGGCUAUGUGCAAGUUCUGCUCUGUCUUGUCUUGUAUCCACCCUUUUUCAUAGCCCGUCCGUAAUGCUUGAGAUAUUCUACAUGAGAGUUAGGUCAUGAGUUGAGUACACAAUAAGUAAAACUCAUUGAAAGCCCGCGUUCAGAGUUUUUUAAAAUUGCAUUCAUAGUUUUAACCGGUUUGCCGUUUUUUGGAACAAUUCUUGCUUCAAACAGAUUUGUGUGAAGUGUGACUGUGAACAGUAAAUUCUUAGAAUCUAGGACUAGGAAGCAUGAGAAAUUAUUUUAAGCAUUAUGUGUCUGGUAUACUCUUAUAAGCUGAUUUGAGUAAAACUGAGCGAUGUAACGUUCAUGGUUCACUGUUGUUUA